AUGCGCCAGAUCAUUGCAAAAGGACAGUCGGGCGCUUCCGGUGGUAGUUCCAAGGGCGGCGAGUUGAGCAUCUGGAAAGACACAGAAGGGCAAGUAGUGCCUGGUCAAUAUGUCGAUUAUACGCUUCCGUCAUGGGAUCGAUCACAGGAUCUGGUCAUCUCUCUAAGUGGAAUCUCUGAUGCGGAUGGUUUGGAUUUAUUCAUCACACCGAAGUCGCGCCAACAGAGGUCUUUGCCACGAGACUCAGCCCAUGUGUUCGGCGACUUCUCACCGGCUCAGAAUGGCAUCAAGUCCAUCACGAUAUCACCGACCAAUGUCGAAAUUGAAGAUGCUGAGAGUCUCCUUAUAUCGGUUCACGCCUACCAGGAUGCCGACUUUGAUACAGCUCCGACCAACACAACCCCCUACACUUACACUAUUCGGGCGAAGACCGCUUCUCUGAAAGAAAAAUCUACUGCUGAAGCUAUGGAGCUCGACCAGGAACAUUCCACAGAUGAGGAACAGUGUUCAAACUGCUUACAAUGGGUUCCAAAGCGGACCAUGGUUCUACACCAAAACUUUUGUCUGAGGAACAAUAUUCUCUGCCCUAUCUGCAAGUCGGUCUUCAAAAAGGGCUCGCCCGAAUAUGACGCCCACUGGCACUGCAGCCACGACGAAGCCCACGGGGACUCGACCUUUAGCAAAGCUAAACACGACCAUGUAUUCCACACUGACCGCAAUUGUCCGGCUUGUGAUUUCUCAACCAAUUCACUCUCAGACCUGGCACGCCACCGCACAAGCGUUUGCCCCGGCAAAAUUAUUCUUUGCCGAUUUUGCCAUCUUGAAGUUCCUCAAGAAGGCGACCCCUUUAACCCGUCACCUGAGGUUGUCCUCUCGGGAAUGACAGCUCACGAACUGGCAGAUGGGGCCCGUACUACGGAGUGCCAUCUGUGUGACAAAAUAAUUCGUCUCCGAGACAUGGAAACUCACUUAAAGCACCACGAACUCGACAAGGUGAGCCGAUCUAAACCUUCAAUCUGCCGGAAUGUCAAUUGCGGAAGAACACUAUACGGCGUUGGGUCGAAGGGGCAGAUUGGCACGCCGGGCUCUCAAGUCAAAGCCCCAGGCAACGACAUUGGCCUUUGCUCAUUAUGUUUUGGGCCCUUGUACGUUAGCAUGCAUGAUCCUGAUGGCAAAGCUCUACGACGAAGAAUUGAGAGAAGGUAUCUCAGCCAGCUGAUGGCAGGGUGCGGGAAAUCACAUUGCGCAAAUGAGUGGUGCAAGACUGGACGAUCAAACACUGGCCUCGAAGCCAAGGGAUCAUCCGCUGCGGCGGCACUUCCUCUCGUUAAACCGUUUCUUCCAGGAGCACUUGAUGCCUCGCAACCAUGCUACUUUUGCGUUGACGAAGCAAGCCAGACAGGCCGCAAACUGGCAGAGCUGGUGGCUGCCGAAAAGGCUUGGGACCUUGAGUGGUGUGUUGCCGCCGCUGAAUACGAAAAGGCCAGUUUAGAUAAGAUGAGGGAUUGGCUGCAGGCAUGGGCGCCUAGAAAGUAG